CCACCCCCUGCCCGGCCCCUUUCCUACUUUUCUCCCCACCCGCCAACAGCACUCGCCAUUCUCCUGCUGAAGACCACGCAACCCCCAGGCAGGGUGUUCUCAUCAGCCUGGCUUUGAACUGCAGGCACACCACCAUCGAGCAUGGCCAGUGUGGAUCAGCAGGAGGGCACCAUCCAGGUGCAGGGCCAGGGACUGUUCUUCAGAGAGGCUCGGCCUGGCAAUGGGCAGGCUGCUCGGUUCUCUGUGCUGCUGUUGCACGGUAUCCGAUACUCCUCUGAGACCUGGCAGAACCUGGGUACUCUGCAUAGGCUGGCAGAGGCUGGCUACAGGGCUGUGGCCAUUGACCUACCAGGUCUUGGGCGUUCCAAGGAAGCAGCAGCCCCCGCUCCUAUUGGGGAAUUGGCCCCUAGCAGCUUCCUAGCUGCUGUGGUGGAUGCCUUGGAGCUGGGAUCCCCAGUUGUGAUCAGUCCAUCAUUAAGUGGCAUGUAUGCACUGCCCUUCCUCGUGGCCCCAGGCUCCCGACUCCGGGGCUAUGUACCAGUGGCUCCGGUCUGCACGGACAAAAUCAAGGCUGCUGACUAUGCCAGUGUUAAGACCCCAGCUCUGAUUGUAUACGGAGACCAGGACCCCAUGGGUUCCUCCAGCUUUCAACAUCUGAAGCAGCUGCCCAACCACAAAGUGCUGGUCAUGGAAGGGGCGGGGCAUCCUUGCUACCUGGACAAGCCUGAUGAGUGGCACACAGGGCUGCUGGCUUUCCUGCAGGGGCUAGCAUGAGACCCAGUCCUGCUGAAAGGGGUGACGGCCUGCCUGCUCUGGGAUCUCCCACUGUCUUCUGGUCUCUGGCUUGAACCUCACCUGCAACAGGUCUGUCUAUACAUCUGCCUGGGUUCCUGUCAUUUCUGCUUUUCUCUUGCAGUGAGUGACAGGUAAGAUCAAGGAGGUAAAAUCAAGUGGAUGAAGCCUCGGGUUCAAGGGGAGAAAUCUGAUUGCGGGUAAUCCAUGAGCUCCUCCUAUGGGCUUCCUUGCUUGGAGAAAACUGAUUGCGGGUAAUCCAUGAGCUCCUCCUACAGGCUUCCUUGCUUGGAGAAAACUGAUUGCGGGUAACCCAUGAGCUCCUCCUACAGGCUUCCUUGCUUGGAGAAAACUGAUUGCGGGUAACCCAUGAGCUCCUCCUACAGGCUUCCUUGCUUGGAGAAAACUGAUUGCGGGUAACCCAUGAGCUCCUCCUACAGGCUUCCUUGCUUGGAGAAAACUGAUUGCGGGUAACCCAUGAGCUCCUCCUACAGGCUUCCUUGCUUGGAGAAAUCUGAUUGCGGGUAAUCCAUGAGCUCCUCCUACAGGUUUCCUUGCUUGGAGAAAACUGAUUGCGGGUAACCCAUGAGCUCCUCCUACAGGCUUCCUUGCUUGGAGAAAACUGAUUGCGGGUAAUCCAUGAGCUCCUCCUACAGGUUUCCUUGCUUGGAGAAAACUGAUUGCGGGUAAUCCAUGAGCUCCUCCUAUGGGCUUCCUUGCUUGGCUUUCACUGCCUUCCUUUCCUUUCCCUUCACCUCCUUCCUCAGCUGCCGGGCAGGCCAGACCUUCCCUGCACUCCCCCACCCCUCUUAGGCCACAGAAACAUACACAUAUGAAUGUUUGUUUAGAUUUAUCCCACACCCAAACAGAGCCCUUCCCUCGGGAGCAGCACGUGGGUCUACAUGCUGGGAAUGAUACCCACAUUCUUGUACAUUUUGCAUCGCAUGCUUGCACAGGUGCACGUGCAAUUCCCUGUGAAGGAAGGUGAGAACCUCCUUAUGAGCCAGUCUUUGUAAAAGACCCACCUGUCAGGGUAAGGAUGUGGCCAGCCCUAGAUUUCUCUCACCUACACGUUGCAACUGGUCCCACACUAGAAUUGCUUCCUCAGAAGGGGAGGUACACUCCUCUGACUUUCAAAUAUCCUCGUUUAUCUUUUCCCCUUCUUUUUGGGGGGCUGCACACCUCCCCAGGUCAUCAAGGCUGCAUCUUCUCAGCCAAGCUUGUUUCCUGCUAUGAGAUUUGGGGGGUGGGAUGCGGAGACCGACUGUGGAAGUCCCAGAAAUAAAGUGAUGCAAUUAGACCUCA